CCUCGAGCCAAACGGGUUUGUAUACACACACUCUCUCUUUCUCUCUCAGAUUAUCAGAUAGCAUUAAAUUUUAAAGCAUUUCUUUACCUUCUCCGCUCAUUUCGUUCUAAAUUAUGAAACCCCCGCGUCCACUCCCUUCUCUACUUUUGUGACUUUUUUGGAUAGGGAUACUCAAUCUGUCUCCCACAGAUCAGCAUAAAAAGCUACACACUCACUCACAGAUAUAUAUACGGAGUAAUUUUUACGUGUAUAUAUAGAUAUAGGAGCGGAGUUUUUCGUGAUCUGUGCACAGUGGAUGUUCAAUUCUUGGAGUGUGUGUUUUGGUCGGUUGGUUCACUGAUUGUUGUAGAGAGCUAGACAUAUUUGGGGUUCUGGGUUAGAUCGUACAAAAUUGAAAAGUUUUGAUCUUUUCCUGGUAGAAUUUGGAUGAGAAGGUUAUCGAUUUUUCAUUGUCACAGGCUUUUGGAAAGGAAAAAUGGAUGGUCUCAGCUCCAAAAGUGGCUUUGGUUUUAAUUUUGUUCUAAAUAAAGACAAAGCUUCAUAGUGAAGUGAAGAUUAUUCUCGUGGUUAACACAAAACUUGCAAUUGAUGGAGGACUUGUGACCAGAAUGGAUCCUCAGGCUUUCAUUAGGGUAUCAGUAGGAUCACUGGGUUUAAGAGUUCCUAUAAAGUCCUUGAAUGAUACAAAACCAACAGGGAUCCAUGCACUCUCUCCCCCUUGUGUGUGUGAGAUCCGUCUUCCGGGUUUUCCCGUGCAGACAACAUCGGUUCCCUUUGUAUCAUCUCCCGAAGCUACCCCAGAUACUAACAGCAUUGCCUCCACCUUUUAUCUCGGGGAGUCUGAUGUAAAAGCAUUAUUGACACCUGGCUGUUUUUAUACGCCUCAUGCUUGUUUGGAGAUAGUUGUAUUUACAGGGCACAAGGGUACCCAUUGUGGUGUUGGUGUUAAGAGGCAGCAAAUUGGAACGUUUAAGUUGGUAGUCGGUCCUGAGUGGGGUCAUGGAAAGCCGGUUAUACUAUUUAAUGGCUGGAUAGGCAUUGGCAAGAGCAAACAGGAGAACGGAAAACCAGGAGCAGAGCUUCACUUGAGAGUGAAGCUCGACCCGGAUCCAAGAUAUGUCUUCCAGUUCGAGGAUAAGACUAAAUUAAGUCCCCAAAUAGUUCAGCUUCAGGGAAGCAUCAAACAGCCUAUCUUCAGUUGCAAGUUUAGUCAAGAACGGAUACCUCAAGUAGAUCCAUUGAAGAGCUUUUGGUCAAGUUCUGUUGGUAGCUCUGACCUAGAAAUAGAGAGGAGAGAGAGGAAAGGAUGGAAAGUGACGAUACAUGACCUCUCUGGCUCGGCUGUAGCUGCAGCCUUCAUAACGACCCCAUUUGUGCCAUCGACUGGUUGUGCUUGGGUGGCGAGAUCCAACCCAGGAACUUGGUUGAUUGUACACCCAGACGGUUGCAGGCCCGAGAGCUGGCAGCCAUGGGGAAAACUUGAAGCCUGGCGUGAACGAGGCAUUAGAGACUCCAUUUGCUGUCGCUUCCACGUCCUAUGCGAUUCUCACGAGCACAGGGAUGAUCUUCUCAUGUCUGAGAUACUAAUCAGCGCCGAAAAGGGUGGGGAGUUCUACAUAGACACCGACAAACAGGUUCGAGCAGCAGCACAUCCUCCUCCUACUCCUCCCCCUCUGCCAAGUCCAAGAAGCAGCGGCGACUAUGCUGCAGCACUAAAUCCCGUUUCUGGUGGAUUUGUAAUGAGCUGUAGAGUGCAAGGGGAAGGCGGGAGGUGCAGCAAGCCGCCUUUUGUGCAACUGGCCAAGCGUUAUGUGACCUGUGUCGAGGAUGCUGCCAUUUUUAUGGCGCUGGCUGCUGCUGUUGAUCUCAGUAUCGAGGCUUGCAGGCCCUUCCGCAGAAGACUCGGGAGAAGUAGUCGCCGCCAUUCCUGGUGAUAUUUACAUUACAUGCUACUAUAUUAUGCAUCUGAUAUGCCUCUAUAAUGUUCAUCAAUGGACAAAGGAAACAGCAGCAGCUCAUAUAUUCUCCUCAUUAUUGUUAUUAUUGUACUCCACAAAUAGACAUGAUGUAUAGAAUCUCAACUUAUGUUUCAUGUUUCUGAAAAUAUACUUCCAUUUCCAUUUUACA